AUGUUUGCCUUCCUCACGGCAUGGCUGAGCUUGCUGUGCCUCGCAGCGGCGCUGCCGGCUUCUUCUCUUGACGAGCGUGGCGAUGGCUACAGUUCACCUCGCCAGGUCAUGUACAUUCAGACUUUCCACUACACCAAUGGUGGACAGCUCUCACUCUUGCCGUUGGUUGAGCAAAAGACCGGAGUCACCCACAUUCUUCUGGCAGCUGUGCAUAUCAACAGCACCCCUGGUGACGUCGAGCUCAACGACGACAGCACGAAUUCCACCGUCUACACCCAGAUAUGGUGAGUUGUCGAGGACUCAAGGACAUAUCGUUCUCUCGGUAUAACAUCACCAUCCAGGUCCGAAGCGGCACAACUUCAAAAGGAUGGCGUCAAGGUCAUGAUGAUGCUUGGUGGCGCUGCACCUGGCAGUUAUCCAAACCUUUGCAGUGGAACAAACGGUGCCAUCAUCGUGAGUGAACGCAUGUCUCCGCGCCUUCUAGAGUUGUACGGGUAUUGACGAAUGCACAGAAUGAGGCUUACUACACUCCCCUGAGGGAUACCUUGAGAUACCACAACGUGGAUGGACUGGAUCUCGACAUCGAAGAGCAGGUAGACGCCUCAUGUCCUCUGGCCUUGCUCCGGCGUCUCGAUUCUGAUUUCGGAAACGACUUCAUCCUCACCAUGGCUCCCGUGGCAUCUGAACUGGGACCGCAAGGAUUCGGACUAGCCGGCUUCAGCUAUCGCGCUCUCGACGAGAGCAGCAACAGCCUCUGGUAGGCCGAACGGAAAGCUCGUGAACUGGUAUAACGCGCAAUUCUACAACGUAAGUCAUCCACACAUUAUCCCCUAUGCAGCCGUAAAUUUAACCUUUCGUCCAGGGCUGGGGCGACGCCAGCACACCGAUCGGCUACAACGCAAUCAUCGCCAACGGCUACGCCCCCGACCGCGUCGUCCUCGGCGUCCUCGACAACCCCAACGAUGCCGGGAGCGGCUUCUACCGCGUCGGCACCUACAAAACCACCAUCGCCACCCUCCGCGCCAACUACCACAAUUUCGGCGGCGACGCCGGCUGGGAGUUCUGGGAUGCCGGCGCUUCCGAUGGCUACGCAAACCCUUCGCAAUGGGUAUCAGACAUCGCCACGGCCGUCUUCGGCUCCUCCUCCGACGACAAAAGCGCGUUGCGGAAUUUGCAAGCCGCUCCGAUCCCACGGGGCCCCACUCCCUGGCCGCAUCUCAUCUCGACGUUGGAGACUUUGGGAGUGGGAUUCCUGCCUGCCGUGAGGGCUUUGAAUCUCACGGAUGGAAAUCUGCAUCAGGCGUUGAAGGUCUUGGAUCUUCCGGAGAUUGUGCCGCUGCGGCCCUUGAUUGGAUGA